GCUUUCAGGUCGCCGCAGCGCCACACGUUUCCUGCAGACCACCGGAGAACCAGGAGGCCCGAGCACCUGCCGGGUCCAGGAUCUGACCAGGAGCGAGCAACCGGGGGACUGGAAUCUCCCCAAGUCAGCACAGGGGCGGUUGGAUCCUUAGGGGGGCCUGCUGGGUUUAUUCUGAAGGUAAAACUGGACCCCCCAAUUCAGGUCCUCACAUUCUCCAGCCUUAAGUUGACCGACCUGGCAGAGACCUGAGUUCAUCAACGCCUCGGUGAGAUGAGUCGUUCAGAUGCAUCCUCCUCACGCCUUCAGAUCUAUGGGACUCUUAAAGGUAAGGGUGAUGACGCCCUGGGCCAUCAUGAUACCCCACUCCCAGACCUGUCAGCCUUCCUCAGCCAAGAGGAGCUUGAUAAAAGCGUUAAUCUGGCCCGCCAGGCCAUCGGGCAUGAACCCAGUGAGGAGAGGGCAGAGGCCAAGGCCUCUGUGACCUCAGUACCCUCCAACAUCUCACCCUCGGUUUCCGGAGAGUGGUUCUCCAACCAUUCUGUUCCUGUUGUUCCCCCCUCGAUCAACCAGCCAUCUUCUGAGGUACCAGUAGUCUUUUCAGCGUUCACCUCCAACAGAAAGAUGCACAAACCAUCCUUACAGGAGAAUAACAUGAUCCAGAACAGCAGAGACUCCACAGAGGGAUUCAACCAUCGGAACAGUCCAGCAAAAAGUGCCCCCUUUGGUCUGGAGACCCAGUCCAAAAAGGAGUUCCUGAACAAGGCAGCAGAUUUCAUCGAGGAGCUCUCCUCCCUCUUUAAGGCUAAUAGCUCCAAACGGGUACGACCAAGAGCCUGCAAAGCCCACAGGAGCAGGGUUCAGAACAAGAACCAGAGCGAGGAGACCACUGAUCCCCUCAGCUCUGACAGCAGGGAGCGAGCCAUCCUGCCAUUGGAAAUGGAGAGACCCAACCUAGUCGUCAGCCACCACCCGGUGGUCCAGCAGGACGUGGGAAGUGAGCUCAUGGACUUUCAGGACUAUGGACUGACAAAAGAGGAGCGGUUUGACUUGGUGUCACAGGACGUAGGAGACCAGGCUGAAAGUCCACAUCAAGCAGAACUUGCAUGCGAGCCUCCACAUUUCAUCCAGAAACUGAAGAGCAGGGAGGUUCCUGAAGGCACCAAGGUCCGGCUAGACUGUAUCGUUAGAGGACAUCCGGUGCCGGAAGUCCGGUGGUUCUGCGAGGGCAAGGAGCUGGAGGACAGCCCCGACAUCCAGAUCAUCACCAACGCUGAGCUGCACUCGCUCGUCAUCGCCGAAGCGUUCGAGGAGGACACCGGUCGAUACUCCUGCUUUGCGUCCAACGUUUACGGAACGGACUCCACGUCGGCUGAGAUCUACGUCGAAGGAGCCUCCUCUUCGGACUCCGAGGCGGAUCAGCACUUUGAGCACAUAACCCAGCUCCAGAGAAAACCGUUGAAGUCGUCUCCAUUUGUACCUCAGCUGUCCAACCCAACUCACCCUGUAGAAAAGGACAGCUCGUCUCAGCCCGCAGAACCCUCAAAGGAACCGGAGGAGGAACCCUCAUCUAUAAAAGGUCCAGAAGAAGCUUCUCAGGUGGUUCGGACUUCUUCGGCCGUCCUCCCAGCUCUGGAGGUCUCUGAAGCGUCCCAGCCGAAAGGAGGGACGGAGGCGACAGCUGUUGAAGAACCCGCAGGAAUCUGGGGAGUUUCUGAUCCAGAUGUUGCAGCAGCACAGCUGGAGCAGACCGCUGCACCUCUGGGUUUAAACUCAGCGGUGUCGUCAGAACCGUCCGCCCCCGGACGUCUCAGUCAGAAUCCAGUUUCAAACCACAACAACUCCCAAGAAUCAAACGGACAAUCCAUCAUGGCUGCUCCAGUUUUCACAAAGAACCUGCAGGACCUCACGGCAGCAGAAGGCCAACUGGUGGUGCUGGAGUGCCGUGUGAGAGGGGUGCCGUCGCCUCAGGUGGACUGGUCCAGAGAAGGGAAACUCAUCGAGGACUCUCCUGAAUUCAGGAUCCUGCAGAAAAGGACCCCUCUCAGCUGCAGCUUCUGCACAGCCAGGUUCUCAUGGAGCAACAUCAGGAAACUAAACCGCAGACCCAAACGCAGCCUCAGACCCAGCCCCAGUUCCAGAUCCAGGUCCCGUCCCAGGUGCAAAGCCCCCAGGAAAGUCCUUUGUGGUCUCCCAGGUUGCACUGUGAGCCCCAGGUGCCGUUUCUCGGCACGACGUCGCAGCCGACCCCUCGAGCUGCAGCUCCGCUGACCACCACGCCGCUCCCGGUUCUGGCGCCGACCUCGGGCCCGCCACCCAGAACCACAGCUGUACCUCUAGUCAGGACCUCCUCUGCUGCUCAGAUCAGGACUUCCUCCAUGGUGACGUCCCCGCCUCCCGCCCCACAGUUCCACACACCUCCUGCGCUCAGCGCCCCCCCUGGGAGCCACGCUAGCACCGUCCACGCCUCCCAUCUGAACCUUUCUCCUGCUGCUCUUGCCAGAACUGCACCCAAACCUCAGGCUUGUCCCCCCCCUGCACCGAUGCUGAACACCGUCGAGUCGACCGUCACCUUACAGCAGAUCACCUCCCCCACCCCUCUACUCAGGAGCACCCACGCCUCCCUCAUGAACCUGACCUCCAUAUCCCACACCUUCAACUACACCCGGCCCAAAGAGUUCAUCGCUGCUCAGACCCUUCCUGCUGUCAGGAGCCCCUCCCCGACAGAAUCCCCGGUUCCUCUGCUCCAAGAGCUCGCCGCUGAGCUCAACUCCUCAGCAGCCAGCUCCCCGACCCCCCCGCCUUUCUCCCCACCACCCAGGUUCUCCCCAACAAGGGUGCUCAAGUCCCCCGCCAGCCCUCCGUCCCUCGUGUCGUCUCCCACGCCGGGGUCGGCGCUGGCCUUCCGGGCCCAGUCGCCCCCACAGGCCUCCUCUCCCACCUCCAGCAGCUCCAGCCCCAGCCCGAUCCAGAACCCCGUGGCCUUUCUCAGCUCAGUCCUGCCGUCGCUGACCCCGAGUCAGCCCACCAACUCCAUGGGUCUCCCCAAAGGAGCUCCUUUAAGGGUCCAGAAGAAGACGCCGAAGACACGUCUCCCAUCGGCUGAAAACAUCCGGGAAAGCAAAGAGCUUCUCCUCCACGACAUCGAGAAGAAACUUCGAUUUCCAGAUGAAGCUCCACAGGUUUCGUACCAACAGAAGCUGCAUAACAAGGGGGAAACAGCGAGCAGACCCCUUGGACCAAACAUUCCUGCUACUGUCUUUAACUAUGACGAGGAGUACAAAGUGUCAAACUUCGAGCAAAGGCUCAUGAGUGAAAUCGAGUUUCGUCUGGAGCGAACUCCGGUGGAGGAAUCAGACGACGAGGUGCAGCACGACGACGUCCCCACGGGGAAAUGCAUCGCCCCCAUUUUUGAAAGGAAACUGAAGAACUUCAAGGCGAUGGAGGGCGUGCCGGUCACUUUCACGUGUAAAGUGUUGGGAAUCCCGCUUCCAAAGGUGUACUGGUUCAAGGACGGUAAGCAGAUCCUGAGGAAGAACCUCCACUACAGGAAGAUAAGAGAAGGUGACGGGACCUGCGCUUUACACAUCGACUUCACGACCAGCGACGACGACGGCAACUACACCGUCAUGGCCGCUAAUCCACAGGGACGAAUCAGCUGCUCGGGACAUUUAAUCGUCCAAUCCGGACCUCCCCGAAACCGACUGACGCCCAUCCAGUCCCAGAGGGUGCGAGCUCGCAUUCAGGAGGUGGAAGGUGAACAAACCCAGGAGCGUUUCUUCCGGCCUCACUUCCUCCAGGCUCCGGGGGACAUGAUGGCUCACGAGGGGAAACUCUGCAGACUAGACUGUAAAGUGAGCGGCCUGCCCAGCCCAGAGUUGAUGUGGCUGGUCAACGGGAGGCCCAUCUAUCCAGACCUUCUCCACAGGAUGCUGGUCCGGGAGAACGGCGUCCACUCCCUGGUCAUCGACCCUUUGACGCAGAAUGACGCCGGCACGUACACCUGCAUCGCGAGCAACAAAGCCGGGCAGAGCUCCUUCAAUCUGGAGCUGAAAGUUGUCGAGAAAGAGAUGAAGCAGCCGCCCCAGUUUGUGGAGAAGCUGCAGAACAUGGGGAUUCCUGAGGGGAUCCCCAUCAGGCUGGAGUGUCGCGUGGCGGGAACGCCUCCUCCGCUCAUCUUUUGGAAAAAGGACAACGAGACCAUUUCUAAAACCAAGGACCGAAUCAGCAUGUCUCAGGACGCCACGGGCUACGUGUGUCUCCUCAUCCAGCCGACGACGAAGGACGACGCCGGCUGGUACACGGUAGCUGCGAGGAAUGACGCCGGAGUGGUUUCGUGCACCUGCCGGCUCGAUAUCUACGCGCAGUGGCACCAGAGCGUCCCGGCGCCCAUGAGGAAGGCCCAACGAGCGAGCGGCCGCUACUCGGCCCUGACGGGCCAGGGGCUCGACGUCCGGUCCGCUUUCUCCACGUCGGAGGCCAGCCCCUUCCUGUUCACCAGCAGCCCCCCCGAGGCCACGCUGGAGAGCGAGGAACUGUGACCGGCCCAGACGGCUAGAAGGAAGAUGGCGGAACCGUGUGAUGCGUUUGAAGUGUUCACAUUAAAACAGCAGAAAUAAAAGAGCUGUCAGCACUGAUAGUGGAUUGUUCACCAUUCCUAUAUUUACUCACAUUGUUUCAAAAGUCAAAGAUUAGUGAAGUCUUCGCUCACGGGCCGCAGGUUUGUUUUACGAGAGGUCCGAAAGAUUCGUCCGCUGCGACCAAGCGGUUCUGGUACCGUUUCUUUCUGCCGCCGAUCACGUUCGGUUUUAUCGGUUUUACAUCGACUGUUGCAGUUUUUAUUUUAAUUCAUAUUAACGAACUAGAAAAUAAAGAUUAAAUCUCAUUUAUCUUAAAGUCCACAUCAAUCGACACGGUUCUCCUAAAAAAUAAAGUUUUGAAAAUCUUUCAGUUUUUCUGACAAACAGAAAGUUUUAGUUUUUUAAAGGGAUAUUUCAAGCAUUUUGAAGUGGGGGUUCUGUGGAAAAGUUGAAAACUGUUCAGGGGCACCACUAAGGAGGGACGUGCGGGGGUUAAUUGGGUGAAUUGGACGGGCCCCUUGUUGCCCACCCCCCCACCAGACCAAACGGUCAUAUAGGCGACGUGGGGAGUCCAAACAUUUGUAAUGUUUAACAUUAUUUUAUUUAUUUGUUUUUAAUAAACGGUUAUCAAAGCCAGAACAGGAAGUUUGGAACUUUGCUCACAAACAAACAAACAAAAAAUAGGGAGAAGCCUCGAACCAGCCAAGCAGUUUGGGCCGCUCCCUUAAACCUAUGAUCUAUGAAACUGACCCCGAGAACCAAAAACCCGGUGAACAGGACUGCCGUAAACUUCCAAACCCAGUCAAUGAUCGGAACUACAAGCUCCGUUCAAGGCUGGUGUCUAACGUCAACGGAGGGAGCGUGGAGAGGGAACCAACAACCAGCGGACAUCAGGUCAACGCCUCUGACCUCUCCUCGCUUCCCCUUGCCUUAAAUGUGGGCGGGGCUUGUUCCGUUUAAAGUGCUAUCAGCCGAUCAGAUCUGGAAACGUAAGAAAAAUAAACAGCCAUAAAAACACUGAGACACGCGACACCAUGUUUCAGACUGACCAGAGUCUGCUUGUUUGGUCCGUUUGAAGCCAGCCGAACCACUCUGGUGUGAAGCGCCCUUAUUCUGACAGUCUUGAACAGGAAGUGAUGUCACACAGGCCAGAAUAUCCCUUUAAUGAGCCGAUCUUCAGGGUCGCUUCAGGACUUGUUGAAACGUGAACCUGCCCCUCGACUUUCUGCAUCAAAACUCUGAGACGUGUUUGAAAAUAGCUGCGGUCCGUUUAGAUUCUUUAAACAUUCUUAAAUAAUCCUCAAAGUUCAUCUUUGUCUAAAUGUCAUCAGCUGAUGGAGAAGACAGUUAACAAAAUAAAAUAUGUCCUUUCAGAUUAAACAGCAGCCAUUUGGGUUUUUAAUUAUAAAAUGCCUCAGUUCUUUUAUUUUUUAUUUAUCUUUUUAGUGAAUUGAACAAUCUUUGUAUUUAUCUCCAGUACAUCUGCAGUUUAAGGAAAUAAGUUGGAUUAGA